AUGCAUAUUAAGGCAGUUGAGGAGGAAGUGAACAAACUGCUGGAAGCCAAAGCCAUUCGCGAAGUGAACUACCCUACUUGGCUAUCCAACAUUGUGAUUAUGAAAAAGAAGCACGACAAGUGGAAGGUUUGUGUUUAUUUCACCAGCCUGAAUAAGGCUUGCCCCAAGGACAAUUUUCCACUGCCCAAAAUUGAUCAGUCAGUCGAUGCCACUUCAGCGCAUGCAAGGAUGAAUUUCCUAGACGCAUACAAAAACUAUCACCAUAUAGCAAUGUAUGUCCCAGAUGAUGAAAAGACAGCAUUCAUCACCCCGAAAGGACUCUAUUGUUAUAGAGUGAUGCCUUUCGAGUUGAAGAAUGCAAGAGCCACAGAUUUCUUGUGGACAGAGGAGUGUGAAUUCGCCUUGACCGACUUGAAAAAAUACUUGACAACUGCUCAAGUUCUGUCAAACCCAAUACCUGGAAAAGAACUGUUCUUAUACUUGGCAAUUUUAGAGCGUGCAGUGAGUGCAGUGGUAAUCAGAGAAGAGAAGGGAGAAGAAAAUACAGUAUACUAUGUUAGUAAAACCCUUGCAAGUGCAGAAACUAGGUACUUACCCCUGAAAAAAUUGACACUGGCCUUAGUGAUGGCUUUCAAAAAGUUGAAUCAUUAUUUCCAAGCCUACAAGAUUGUGGUGUUGACUGAGUAUCCCUUGAAGUCCCUGUUGCAGCAAGGAGAUCUGACAGACAAGGUAGCCAGAUGA